GGCAUGGCCGGGAGGGGCGGUGGCAGCGGUACCUCCCCACCGCCGGGGCUGUGGGUGGGGGCAGAGCGGCGGCGGCGGCAGCAGCCCCAGCCCCAGGAUGCGCUGCCCGGCCCCGGCGCGGCGGGUGCCCUGCGAGGGGCAGAGCGGCGGCAGCGGGCGGCGGGGAUGGAUGGGGCCCCGCGGCGCUGCUGGCGGCGCUGGCGGCGGCGGCUGCGCGGGCGGCGGUGGGCGCUGGCGGCCGGGCUGCUGGGCGCCGCCGCCGCCGCGCUCGCCCUGUACUCGGCUCUGCCCGAGCCGGCCCGAGCGGACGGCGAGGCGGUGACCGUGCUGCUGUGGUGGGAGCCCUUCGGCCGCCCGCGGCGCCUGCCCGACUGCCGGCGGCGCUACAACGUCAGCGGCUGCCGCCUCAGCGCCGACCGCAGCCGGUUCGGCGAGGCGCAGGCCGUGCUGUUCCACCACCGCGACCUGGCGCGGCACGGCGCCGGGGGGCUGCCCCGCGGGUCCCCGCCGCGGCCCCCGCGCCAGCGCUGGGUGUGGAUGAACUUCGAGUCGCCGUCGCACUCGCCCGGUCUGCGGGGGCUCGCCGGGCUCUUCAACUGGACCAUGUCCUACCGCCGCGACUCCGACGUGUUCGUUCCCUACGGGUACCUCUACGUCCCGCCCGCGCCCCGGCCCUUCGUCCUGCCCCGCAAGACGCGGCUGGUGGCCUGGGUCAUCAGCAACUGGAACGAGGAGCACGCCCGGGUGCGCUACUACCGCCAGCUGAAGGAGCACCUGCCCAUCGACGUGUACGGGGCGCGGGGGCUGGCGCUGGCCGAGGGCGGCCUCGUGGAGACCGUCUCAGCCUACAAGUUCUACCUGGCCUUCGAGAACUCCCAGCACACCGACUACAUCACCGAGAAGCUCUGGAGAAACGCUUUCUCCGCCAGCGCCGUGCCCGUCGUCCUGGGACCUCGCAGGGCCAACUACGAGCGCUUCAUUCCCCCCGAUUCUUUCAUCCACGUUGACGACUUCCCCAGCCCCCGGCUGCUCGCCACCUACCUGAAAUUCCUCGAUAAAAACAAACCCAACUACAGGCGGUACUUUGCCUGGAGGAAGAAGUACGAAGUCCACGUCACCUCGUUCUGGGAUGAGCAUUUCUGCAAAGUCUGCGAGGCUGUUAGGACAGCUGGGAGUCAAAUCAAGACUGUUCAAAAUCUGGCCAGCUGGUUUGAAAGCUGAUGUUCCUGGCGGGCGAGGCUUGCCUGGACAGCCUGGGCCAAGUGUCAAGGUGUCGGGAAGGAUGGGUCUCGCAGAGAUCAUUAGCCCAGGUAGUCGGCAUUAGUCACAGGAGACUGGCAUCGUUGGAGAAGCAUACAGGUUUCAAAUCAAUCUCUGAACAGCCUACAAAAGAAAGAUUUUUAUUAAAUAGAAAAUUAUGAAGGUACAAAAAGACAUUAUGCCAGAUGAUUCCUAAAGAGCAAAGUUAAGUUUCCAAAAGUUGUACAGUUACAGAACUUUUAAAGUUCUGCGCAGCUCAACAUAAAUACCUGAUGCCAAAUUCCUCAGCUGUACAGCUGAAACCAAUUUUGUCGGCUAUGACAACUUCCUGGACUGUGAAACUUUCCUCUGCUCACAGAAGAUACAUGAUCAGUGCUGGUUUUCUGUAAUACUAAGACAAAAAUGAAUGUUUUAAACUGUUUUUUAUGCGCGUGAAAGGUAUUUGCAGACAAAUUCUGAGCCGCGAGUGUUGAUUGUAAGAAUCUUAUACAGUAGCACCUUUUAGCAAGGCUUGAAAUUGCAGCAGCCUGCUAAUAAUGCUUUGAACCAAAUAAUUAUUCCAUUUAGGAAAAAGCAUAUGGAGGGGACUGAAUCUGAGUGGACAAACAGCUCAGAUGAUGUAAAGUAUUUCUCCUACUACCUGCUGAAACCAUAGGCAUGCUUAUCCUGUAUGACAGUAGAGUAGAACUUUAUGUACAGGAAAACACAGAUUGUAGGGAAAAAAGCUGCAACACUUCCACCCUCCCUUUAUUCAGGAAUUAGAAAAUGUUUACAGGUAUCUGCAUGUUUUUCUCUGGAAAGUUAUUGCCAUACAGGAAAAUGCAGGGAAAGGCUCAGAAUGGCAGGGGUUUUAUUACUGUAUUGAAUAUAUAUACAGAAAGGCUAACUUUUUUCUCAAGUAUAAGUAGACAGUGCUGUUGUGUAGCAACUCUUUUGAUUUUUGGCAUGUAUUUUUAAAAAUUCUGCUGGGGGGCAGACUAGUCUUUUUGGUUUUUUGUUGUUUUUAAAAAUAGUAAUUACUAAAAACCCCACAAAUCACUUCCAUUCAGAAAGAAAAUUACUCUAGAGAAUUAGAUCUACAUUGUUGGUAAAAUACAGAUUGUGUGAGGAAAAAAUAUAUAAAAGGAAGAAUUUACUAUUUUCUCUUCCUUUGGUUUUGAGUUCUUUUUGUGGCUCGGUUUUUUAAUCAAUAAAUAGAUUCUUAAGGUAGAACUCCCUUUGCUCAGUGCCUGUCAGGAACAUUUACAGUAGUUAUUCCCUUUUAGACUCCAACAUUUGGCUGCAGCCAUCCUAGAAGUGGAUAUGUGGUUACUUUUUGGUUACAUGUAAUCUUGCUCGACCAAAGCCAGAAAGAAACUUCAGUUACAAUUACACAUCCUUGCCAAGCUCAGCCUUCCUGUCUUUUGCAGCUAUGAAGUUUGGUGGCAAAAAAAUGGCAACCUACAAGAAACUUGCCCACAUGACUAAGGUAUUCAUUCUGCUGCUUUUUAAUCCAUGGAGUUACUUAGAGACUUCAUUCAGAGUAAAAUCAUGGGCACAGAACAUUCCCACCUUUCCACAGGUGGGAAAAGAAGAAAGUCAGUUGCAAAUAAAAGAUGGGCAACCUUGCUGGCAUUUGUGAGUCAUAUUUAGGUUAGGAAAGGAUUAAAUUUGAUUUAAGCAGUAUGGGAUGUUGGAUGAGUGCUUUUAAGAUAUAUGAGCUGGCAGUCUACUGUAAUUUACUUCUAUUUAGAUACUCCCCAUGAUGAGAUACUCAUGGAGCCAAGGAUUAUUGGAAAAAAAAAGGAAUAAUAAUGAAGUUCAUUAACAAUUUGCACAGUUUAACAGUUCAGAUUUUGCAGGCUUCUCCAAUUACUCCCUUCUGCUUUAGUGCAAGGAGGGUUGGCUGAAAGUACUUGAUGAAUUUUUUGUUGUCAGUGCCAGAGCUGCUGUAGAAUAUUUACUCAAAGGGAGUGAAAACAAUCUAUGCAAUGUGGAAUAUAGUAGGGAUGAUUCCUAAUGCUGCACUUUCACUCUAAGAGGUAUAAAGUGAUUGUUUAAAGUACAAGAGUGUUCUUAAUGGCAUGGUCAUCUGUUUUUCAAUCAGUAGUUACUACUCCCAUAAUACUGGGUUUGAUAUUUUUAAAACUCCAAUAUAGGUAUAGUAUUAAGAAUAAUACCCAAGUGUCAGGAUGAUAGGUUCCCUCUUUUCCUUUGAAUGUAUAGUAUUUUUUUUCUAUUAAUUUUUUGUCAAAAUUUGCAGGACUAUAUACAAAACCCCAAUCUUAAAAGUAAUGAAAUAAUAUUUAAGAUUACACUACUUUUAAUCAGUCUGCUGAAAUCAGUGCAAUUUUUUUCAGUCCUCCUAAUUUUUUUAGCAUUUUGUGAAAAUUUCCAGGCACACAGUUCUUCUGUGUAAUCAUUAGUAAUGCCACAUGCAGAAGAUUAGGCUGCAGGAGCAUGGGAAUUUCCAGAGAUCACAAAUGUUAAUUUUCUUCUCAGCCUCUCUAAAAAAAAGAGUUGAAAUCUUUGAGGUAAUAUUUUUGUAAAAUUCAGAAAAGUGCUACAAAGCAAUUAAAGCAUCAUUUGGGUAAAGUGUCAGAGUUGCACAGUAUUUGUAAAUUGUGCAUUGAGAAUUUUCAAGAACUGUACAGUGAAAACUGCAGAUUUGUAAUAAUUAUUGUAGAGCACUUGCACUGGGAGAAGAGAAGUCUUUUCUAAUUUCAUCAUUCUUACAUGGAUGUUGCAAAUUUGUGGCUUUCCAUUUGGGAGGAAACUCAGCCCAGGCCUAUAGAUGUAGAAGUCAGCAUUUCAGAAUUUCUAUAGAUCUCUGAUUUUUGGUCAUCCACACCAUGAGCUAAUAGUGUUUCAGGCAAAGGACUGGCUUUUGUAAUGCAUUUUGUAGAGCUCUAGUUCAGUGAUAAAUGUAAAGUUUGCCUGAAUGAACUGGUUUGUACAUUGGGUACCAGACUCCACAAGGCAUUGCAGAUGAUGUAUACAAUCCAGUUGUAAAAACUGGGGAAAGCUAUUUUCUAUUUUUAGUAGAAAAGUUUCCUUUAAUACAUUUUGAAAAAGUUUUUAUUCCAUGCCUUAAAAUAUUGGGGUGGAGGGAGAGAAAAGAAGGUUGUUAUCUUCUGGGUUUUAUAAGAAGAAGAAUUGCCAUUACCUUUUGGUUAUGAUGUAAAUGGAAUAGAGAAUUAUGUGAUCACUCAAAUUGCAUAUUUUAUCUCAGGGAAUUUUAUACUGUAAGGUGUCUUGAUCUUCAUAGAAUGAAGAAACUUUAUAUUAAUUAUAUAGAUUGACACUCAAUAAAAUGAAAGGAAGUAAUGC